AUGGUGGGUGUCCCCAGAUCAAAACGAUGCGAACGCUGCAAGCGCAUCAAGAUCAAGUGUGAUGAAACUUGGCCAACAUGUACACCUUGUCUACGAGCCAAGACACUUUGCUCGGGCCCUCCGAACUUGACCAAAUUCAUCAACAAUGGCCGUCACACUCCUGUCGCCGAAGAAUCAAGCGAAUCAGAGACCAUGGUGCAUUUUGUGACGUCGGGGAAAGGGGUUAAAAACUUGAAGAGUAUCCGUCACCAAGGUUUACCGAAUGGUGCUCAACUGGGUCAUUUUCGUCUGUCCGCGGAUGAACCGCGAAAAAACCUAACGACCGUAGCCGAUCGUGUAGCUGCUCGUUUCGUCGGAUACCUUACCCAUGAGCGCGCUGCGUGGGAUAUGCUAGCUUCAGCCGGUUACAAUAGACAUCUUCCAGUCCGGUUAAGCGAGAGUGCUGCAUUGCGGGACAGUGUAGCUCUUGUGUGCUCCACCUGGUCCAACUCCCGGCGAAACGUGCCACCAGACCAAAUAGUUGACCCGAACCUUUAUGGAAAGGCGUUGCGAAGCCUACAGCGCUCUCUCGAAGAUCAGCAAUUGCAGUUGCGCUGCGAAACUCUCGCCGCAGCGACUCUUCUAGAACGGGUUGAGCUUAUAUUCGAUACCCAUCGUCCCUAUCAGCGGACACGCCAUUCCUUUGGAAUAAGUAGUCUCAUGUCAGCUCGGGGACCACCAAAUCCCAAUGAUGAACUAGACAUGCAUCUAGCACUUGAAAAUCAUGCGUCGAUGAUAUCUCACUGGCUUGUUCAUGGGGGCGAGAACUUCUAUCUCACGCCAACGUGGGCGGAGGUAAUUCAGCCAAUGAAGUCAAAGCUAGAAAAGUCUGUCCCAGCUGAGCGGUUGCCUUGUUACACGCUAGGGUACUACUAUGGCUUUUGGCCAGGCCUCGUUCACGAAUUCCGGCGCAUUACUAACCAUCCUAAUGAAUCCUUAAAGCAAGAGCUAGCGAUGAAUUUCCGAGACCGCGUUGCAACCCUGGAGUCGAAAGUCAUAGACAUUGGCGAAUCCAUGAUUGAGAGGGCUCUCCUUACAGGUCGAAUGCUGGAGCAACUGGACCCUGAAACUCCUAUCGGUAAGAAAUUCUGUUUUGAAAGCAUCGACUUGCUGUCGUCUGUUAUAUCAUAUGGGAUGAUUCGCACUGUCUUCAAUCGAUUGCAAUCUCAGGUGAACGAUUUACUAGGGGAGCUCGACUUUCUCCUAGAAGCAGACCACCGAAACACUUGCAGAUUAACCUGGAUGUGUAUCCCGUUUAUUUUAGGGUUAGGAAUGGCACCCUCUAUGAUGUUCGCUACGUCGAUAUUCUUGGCGUAUGAAGGAGCAAAUGAAGUUGAAAAGGAGUACCUCCUAGACGUUAUUAUGAAAAUGGCCGCGUAUAACGGGAGGUAUCCUGAGGACAGGUCGGCAAUAGAGCAUAUCAUGUCGAACACAGCAAAAGCUCUGACAGGCCGCGAUGUUUUCGCUCCAUCUAUUCAAGCCGCCGCAAAGGGCGAAGAGUGA